CGUCUCGCGCCUUCCCAGGGUAUCUGGUGCAACUCCCGUCUGCUGAUCCGGACGCAAAACUCCGGGGGACCGUCGGCAAAUGUAUCAUUAGCAAAGGAAACCAAAACAACUCCUUAGGGCAGCUAGGAAACCUGAAAAAAUUGUAUGGUAGGAAAUGGAAGAAGUUAGUGAGCAGUACCGGCAGUUGAGAAGCGAGAACCACCCGACUCUUCCUUGCUAAGCUGCUUCUAGACUACUAACUGCCUGAACAUUCCAUCCAGGGAAGGGAAGCCAUAAGCCACAAGCUUAGCCUAUUUGCUUAAAACUUAUUCUAAAGGCUUCCCUGAUGUUCAGAGAUAAUUCCUGCUGUUCCUGUUACUUCCUGCCAAAACAGCAAGCACUAACAAUAAAUAGCUUGCAUACUUCUAUCUCUUAUUUCGUUCCAGCAUCAUUUUUCGCUGGCCUCCAUGCUACAUACAGUUCACAGUGGCCAGGAGUCUUAUUUCCAACCACUACUUAGUCCAUGCAAAGGUGUUUGCCUGCGUGUGAAUAUAAGCAAAGCCUUUAAGGCAUUUUCUGACACAUGGGAAGAACUGUGUGUUUGCAAGUCUCAUUUAUUUUUGCAGUUUUUAAAGGUUUAUAUUAUUAUUAUCAUCAUCAUCAUUAUUAUUAUUGUGUGUGUAUGUGUUUAUGUUUGUCCACAUGUGUGCAGGUGCUCAAGGAGGUUUAGAAGAGGGUGUCAGAUCUCUGGGAGCUAGAGUUAACAGGCAGUUAUUAUUAGCUGCCGUGUAGGUGCUGGGAACUGAAGCCCUGUCCUCUGCAAGAGGAGCAAGUGCUCUGAGCCUCUGAGCCAUCUUACCAGCUUGCAAGUCUUAUUUAUUUUUAACAGUGUUAUCACUUAUGGUUAUGUCUUUAUGACGGUCAGUCCCUCUAGGACACAAAUUGCCUUCCCCAAAUUGAUUGAUGAUUCACACUUGUGAGAAAGCAGACUUCGGAAGCUCUAGUUAUAAUGGAGCCUGAAGUUGGGGUAGUCUUCCUGAGGUCUUAGCUGUCAACCCUUCUGACAGUAGGAAGUGAGGGUCUAUUAUGAUGGGUGGAUUUGGGUGGUGCUCCAUUAUAUCUAGUGUCCUCCCUAGCUCCCCAUCACUUACAGGAACAAUGUAGCUUUUUGGAUCCCUAACUGCCAUCUCUCACUAUUCUUUUGCCUCACCACAUGUGAUCUUUCCCCUACCAAGGCAUAUACCAUCUGUGGUUCUCAGACUCGACUGCGGUUUGCUGAGGCUCUACCACAUAGGGGGUCAUCCUUCAAACCAGCUUGAGGCCAAAUCAGCUUUAAAUAUGCAUAUGUGUUUCCGGAGUAUUUAGAAGUCUAAGGUGGGCUGAUCAAGACUUGGUGCUCACCGGGGGAGUCCACAGCUGCCCCCACCCAACAGGAAAUGGCGCCCAGCGCUCCCCACCUCAAUGCAGAUGCUUUUCCUGUUGGGAAUAAAGUGCCAGAGACUCAACUUCCUUCCUUUCUGCUUUGAAGGAGGGGCCUUGGGGGAGAAGUAGGGGUUUCUGGGCCGUGAAGUGGGAGAGAGGCUUCCUUGGGGAGAGGAAUUUGGCUGCUGGUGCCAAAGGAGCUGGAGUCCCUCCGGUCCCGUGAGCAGUGAGGGUGUGCCCAGCUCUGCAGGAGCGAGAAGGCUACUCUCAAGGCCAAGGCCACUUGCAGAGGAGGGAGAACUGGACACCGGUCAGAUCUGUCAGUGGUGCAGUCCUACCUGGAAGGUGUGCAGACUGGUGUGUGGCAGCUGACCCGAGCCCUCGAGGCUGUGCAGGGAACUCGUGAAGCUUUGAGCCAGGCCCAUCACUUACUAAAGGGUUUGUCUCGGACCUCACAAACCCUGGAACCCCUGAGGGAAUGUGUUGUCCAGCACAAACAACUUCAGAUCCUGACUCGGUUGUUGCCAAGGCUACAAGCAGUGCCGGCUACAGUGGCCCACACGCAGACCCUGAUAGACUCUGAGCGACUCUUGGAGGCAUAUGUGAGCCUGCGGGAACUAGAGCAGCUGAAAGAGGAGACACUGGCACCCCUAGGAGGUCUGGAGUUGCCAAUCUUCCAGGGGCUAGGCCUUCUGGCUGAGGCCCUAGGCCAAGCUGUGGAGGCGGCUGCAGGAGCUGCGGGGCGGCUGGCACGAGAGGACCCAGCCCUGCUGGUAGCUGCUAUUCGUGUGGCAGAGGUGGAGACUGAGCGCACAAUCCUGGGGCAGGCACCCCGAGACUGGCGGCAGCGAUGUCUUCGGGCGCUACAGGAGGGCCUGGAGCGGGUCCACUUUGCAUCGCCUGUGCUUCCGGAGCCAGGGGCUCUGGCGGGGUGGCUUGAGGCUCUGCAGGUAGCCUUGCCCGCCGAGUUGGCAACAGCGGAGGCAUUGGUGGCACCCUGCUGCCCACCAAGCUACCGUGUGGUUGAGCUAUGGGCCCACACCCUGCACAGUGGCCUGCGCCGUAGCGUGCAGCAACUCCUCGCGGGGCCCGAGCUAGGAGCUGCUGACACGUUUGCCUUGCUGCACUGGGCACUGCAUGUGUACACGGGGAAGGAAAUGAUGGGGAACUUGGAACUGGGGCCUGAGGCUGAUGUGUCCCAGCUAGAGCCCCUCUUGACCUCAGAGAACAUUGAGCAGCUGGAGGCAGCCUUUGUGGCUCAGGUUCAGGUAAGUGUGGCUCAGUGGCUGAAGAAGGCACUGGAUGGAGAGGUAGCAGAGUGGAGCGGGGAACAGGAGCCCCCCACAGAUCCAUCCGGUUUCUACCACUCCCCAAUGCCAGCCAUUGUCCUGCAGAUCCUGGCUGAAAACAUUCAAGUGACCAACCUGAUUAGUGACUCAUUGCAUCGGCGGGCGCAUAACAUGGCAGUGUCAGAGCUGGGCGCAUUCUUGAGAAGCUUCAGCGACGCUCUGAUCCGAUUCUCUCGAGACCAUCUCAGGGGAGACGCCGUGGCCCCUCACUAUGUGCCCUACCUACUGUCUGCCUUCAACCACCAAUCAGCACUGAGAUCUUCGGUCUCGGUCCUGCUGCCGGACGGGGAAGCUUCCGGGGUCUUAGCUCCAGUGGAAGCUGCGCUGGACGACGUACAAAGGAGGAUCUGCCGCCUGGUUUUGGAAGUACUGCAGGUUGAGCUCCAGCCCCUGUUCUCCGCUCUGCCCUCGCGCCGGUGGCUAUUGAGUUCUGAGUUGCUAGAUGGUGUGUGUGAGCAGACGUCGCACUUCUGCCAGGACUUCUGGCGCGUACGGAAGCCUGGUGUUCAGCUGCUGCUGGCAGAGGCGGAACGAACCGUGGUGUUACAAUACCUAAGGGCUCUGAUGCAGGGCCGCCUAGUGUGCCGCGGUACGGACGAGCGGAGCCAGGCGGCUGAGCGACUUCGGCAGGAUGCUGCCCAGCUCAAAGAGCUUUUCCUUGGUUUGGGCCUGGAAGAGAGCGCUCACUGCGCGCCCGUCCUGCUCGCGCUGAGGGAACUGCUCAACCUCCACGACCCCACACUGCUUGGCCUCGAGGUGGCAGGCUUGAGGCAGCAAUUUCCCGACGUGAGCGAGGAUCACGUCUCUGCCCUCUUGGACCUGCGCGGAGACGUGUCCCGAGAGCAUCGUCAGGCAGCACUCAGUUCGCUGCAGGCGGGUCCACCGCCCUCACCGUCCACUGGCCGCCGGGCGCUCUUCAGCCUGGUACCGACGCCUACGCCCUCCCUGUCCUCCUGCCUCCCUUCAGGUCCCUGCUCCUGACACCCAUCUGUUUGCGUAAUAAAGCCACGUCUACGACA